UGUUAUCACAGGAUGUCUCAAACGAACUUUGUGUGGAGGAACAUUGUACAACAUGACCGUGAACAAGGACUGAUUGAACCAAUCGAGUGUAAUACUUAAAACCCACAAAACUGAAUUGCAGCAACAUGGACAACACGAGUGCGAAAGGCCAAACGUUGACAACGGACACAGAUACCCAAUGGUACAACGUUGUGGUGUAUCGCGGUGUGAACGGCUAUGGGAUCACCCUUACUUACCUCAUCAUGAACCUGAUCGUAGCCGGAUUAGGUCUAGCUAUUUUGUUGCUAAACUCGUAUGCAGCAUACGUGAUGUCGUGUAAACCUCACAACUGGGAUGUCACAUAUGUGUUCAUAACAAAUCUUGCCAUUUCUGAUGCAUUGUGUGGUUUGUUUACAAUCUACAAUAUAUUUUAUAAUUUAAUUCAUUACAAAAUAUUCUAUGAAUGCCUUUUCCGAUUUGGAAUAUUAAACUGCAUUCUGUUUAACUCCUCGCUGAAUCUGUUUGCGUUGACAUUUGACAGAUACGUGAAGAUAACAGCGCCAUACAUCUACUGGAGAAUAUUUGAUGAAGAGAGGGCUAAAAUGUUCACUAUAGUUACGUGGUGUUUUACCGUUACUAUGGCAGUGAUGCCUCUCGCUGGAUGGCACACCGAACAGAAGAGUGAAUACUGUGGGUACUUCGGCGUGUUUAGUAGAACCUAUCUCAUCAUGCUCCUGUCUAUGGUUCUGAUAGGAUUUCUGUUGCUAUGUGUCAUGUAUAUACAUAUACUUAUCAUUGCUUCGGCGAAGAGUUCUCAGACACAGGCGUUCAGGGAGCGGAUGCUCCGAAUCCAGGGGUCAGUGGUGUACAGGUCACGGAACCCCGUUAAGGCUCUGUGGUGGAAACCGACCAAAAUCAUCCUCAUCAUCAUCGGAAUCAACGUCCUCUGCUAUACACCAGUUGGUAUCUACGUACCGUGUGUCCUGUUUGGUGUCCUGGAUAACUUGGACGUGGGAACACAAGGAACACUCCUGUUGUACAUUUCGUGUCCACUCUACUUCAACAGCUUGGCCAAUCCUAUCAUCUAUGCCUAUAAGAUUCCACUUGUUCGCAAGGCCUUUCGUCGCCUUAUGGAUUGUUCUAAAAAUGAAAGCUUCUGAAGAAAUUACGUUAUCCCCUAAAUAUGCCUUAUCGCUAUUUCUAAAAAC